GCGGGGCGCGCAGGCGCACAGGUCCUCGCGGGCAGCAUGGCGGACGCAAAGCCCCAAGCCAUCAAGAGGAAGCGUGACUGGGACGCGGAGGAGGCGCAAGCCCCCAGUCCCGAGGAGAAGGAAGACGGUGUUGGAAACGGCGCGUCUGCUCCCGCCAGCUUACCGUUCUCCGGCUUUAGAGUUCAGAAAGUGCUGCGGGAGUCUGCGCGGGACAAAAUCAUUUUCGUACAUGGGAAGGUGAAUGAGGCUUCUGGGGCUGGCGAUGGGGAGGAUGCUGUUGUCAUCAUGGAGAAGACGCCAUUUCAAGUGGACCAGGUGGCCCAGCUGCUGACGGGCCGCCCUGAGCUUCAGCUGCAGUUCUCUAACGACAUCUACAGCACCUACCACCUGUUCCCUCCAAGGCAGCUGAGCGAAAUAAAGACGACCGUGGUCUACCCUGCCACAGAGAAACACCUGCAGAAGUACCUGCGCCAGGACUUGUGCCUGGUCCGGGAGACAGGCGAUGACUACAAGAAUGUUACCUUGCCCUACCUGGAGUCCCAGAGUCUCAGCAUCCAGUGGGUGUAUAACAUUCUCGACAAGAAAGCUGAAGCUGACCGGAUUGUUUUCGAGAACCCAGAUCCUUCGGAUGGUUUUGUCCUCAUCCCCGACCUCAAGUGGAACCAACAGCAGCUUGAUGACCUGUACUUGAUUGCCAUCUGCCAUCGCCGGGACAUCAAAUCACUCCGGGACCUGACCGCAGAGCACCUGCCACUGCUCAGGAACAUCCUCCGCGAGGGCCAGGCAGCCAUCCUGCAGCGCUACCAGGUGGAGGGGGCCCGGCUCCGCGUGUACCUGCACUACCUGCCCUCCUAUUACCAUCUGCACGUGCACUUCACCGCCCUGGGCUUUGAGGCCCCCGGCUCUGGGGUGGACCGAGCACACCUGCUGGCCGAGGUGAUUGAGAACCUGGAGUGCAACCCCUCACACUACCAGCAGCGUACACUCACCUUUGCCCUCAGGGCUGACGACCCCCUGCUCAAGCUCCUGCAGGAGGCCCAACAGCACUGAGUGCACACCAGGAGAGACACAGAUGUGCGGGGGGCUGGGCACGAGGGAGUGUGGAUUUUUAUCUCCAUUUUUAAAAAAUGUGUUUUGUACUAGCUUGUUCAGUGUGUGUGUG